AUGGCUGGGAAACUGAAUAAAUUUGAAACUCCCAGCUCCGCCAGCUCUGAUAGCGAUAUGGAGCUUGCCUUGGAGCUGAGUGAGCAGGUGUUCAUCGACGAAGACGACUACACGCGCGCCCCGGCGUCGCCCACCACCGUGCCCAAUGUUAGACCCUACCGCCCACCCUCCACAGGUUCCAACAUUACAAAAUCACCGCGUGCGCGUCGCGUGCGUACCGCGUCGAUGUCGCAGUCGACGAAGCGCACGGCUGCCGAAAGCAUACUGCAUGCCGACAGACGUACAAUAUACACAGCCGGCCGGCCCCCUUGGUACAAUUGUACCGGAGGCCAGGAGGUUGAACCCUUCCUUAUAGGUAUUUGCGGUGCGAGUGCUUCAGGUAAAACAACGGUCGCAGCUAAAAUAAUUGAAUCUCUCAACAUACCGUGGGUCACUAUAGUCAGCAUGGACUCUUUUUAUAAAGUUUUGAACGAGAAGCAACACCAAGCGGCACAGCGCAAUGAAUACAACUUCGACCACCCGGACGCGUUCGACAUGGAUCUGCUGGUGACCGUGCUACAGAGGCUCAAGGAGGGCAAGAAGGUGGAGGUACCCAUAUACAACUACGUCACACACGCGCGGGAAAGUCGGACUAAAACUAUGUAUGGCGCGAACGUGAUCAUCUUCGAGGGCAUCCUGGCGUUCUACCAUGCGGACGUGGUGCGCAUGCUGGACAUGAAGGUGUUCGUCGACACAGACGCAGACAUACGGCUAGCCAGGCGUCUCAGAAGGGACAUAGUGCAACGCGGACGAGACCUAGAGGGCGUACUAAAGCAGUACAUGACGUACGUGAAGCCCGCAUACCAGAGCUACAUCGCGCCUUGCAUGGCGCACGCAGAUAUAAUUGUGCCGCGCGGCGGAGAGAACCACGUCGCCAUACACCUCAUAGUGCAGCACGUGCACAAGCAGCUGCAGCUGCGCGGGUUCAAAGUGAGGGAAAAGUUGGCGGUAGCUCACAUUGGACAGCCACUACCCGACUCACUAUAUGUGCUUAAAGACACGCCUCAGGUGCAAGGUCUGCACACGUUCAUCCGCAACAAGGACACCUCCAGAGAUGAGUUCAUCUUCUACUCGAAGAGGCUGAUGCGGCUCGUUAUAGAGUUCGCUCUGUCCCUAUUGCCAUACUCCGAAGUCGACGUCGACACUCCACAAGGAUUCAACUACAAAGGUCGCAAAUGUGACGUGGAGAAGAUAUGCGGUGUGUCGAUACUGCGGGCGGGUGAGACCAUGGAACAGGCCAUCUGCGACGUCUGCAAGGACAUACGCAUCGGCAAAAUACUCAUACAGACCAACCAGCAGACUGACGAGCCCGAGCUGUACUACCUGCGGCUGCCGAAGGAUAUCAAGGACUACCGCGUAGUGCUGAUGGACGCCACGGUGGCGACCGGCGCGGCCGCCAUCAUGGCCAUCCGCGUGCUGCUGGACCACGACGUGCCCGAGCACAACAUCAGCCUCGUCUCGCUGCUCAUGGCCGAGAUCGGCGUGCACUCCAUCGCGUACGCCUUCCCGCAGGUUAAAAUCGUAACAUCAGCACUCGACCCAGAAAUCAAUGAGAAGUUCUACGUACUUCCUGGAAUAGGCAACUUUGGUGACCGAUACUUCGGCACUGAACCCUCUUACGACGAGUGA